UUUGCCAAACAGGAAUUUAGUAGGGGAGACCAAACACUUCUCCCUUUCUUCCACUAGUCCCUCUCCCUCUCCCUUCCUUCACUCUUCUCUUUCUCUGUGUGUUUCUCUUCCAAACUCCAAUGGACUCUCUCACUCUCUUCUGUACUGGGGCCCUCCUAGCCGGUGGGCUCUACUGGUUCGUUUGCAUUCUCGGCCCAGCCGAGCAAAAGGGCAAGCGCGCCGUAGAUCUCUCCGGCGGCUCCAUCUCCGCCGAGAAAGUCCAAGACAACUACGACAAGUACUGGUCUUUCUUCCGCCGCCCCAAAGAGAUCGAAACCGCCGAGAAGGUUCCCGACUUUGUCGACACCUUCUACAAUUUAGUCACCGACAUCUACGAGUGGGGAUGGGGCCAGUCCUUCCACUUCUCCCCUUCCCUCCCUGGAAAGUCCCACCGUGACGCCACGCGCCUCCACGAGGAGAUGGCCGUCGAUCUCAUCGACGUCAAACCCGGAGAUCGAAUUCUGGACGUCGGAUGCGGUGUUGGUGGUCCCAUGCGAGCCAUCGCAGCUCACUCUCGUGCCAAUGUGGUCGGGAUCACGAUCAACGAGUACCAGGUGAAACGCGCGCGUCUGCACAACAAGAAGGCCGGCCUCGACUCUCUGUGCGAGGUGGUGUGUGGGAAUUUCCUGGAGAUGCCGUUCCCCGAGAACAGCUUCGACGGCGCGUACUCGAUCGAGGCGACGUGCCACGCGCCGAAGCUGGAGGAGGUGUACGCCGAGAUCUUUAGGGUUUUGAAGCCGGGAUCUCUGUACGUGUCGUACGAGUGGGUGACGACAGACAAGUACAUGGGGGACGACGCGGAACACGUGGAGGUCAUUCAGGGGAUUGAGAGAGGGGACGCCUUGCCUGGCCUAAGGAGCUACGUGGACAUUGCGGAGACGGCGAGGAAGGUCGGAUUUGAGGUGGUGAAGGAGCGAGAUCUGGCUAAGCCGCCGGCGGAGCCUUGGUGGACCCGGUUGAAGAUGGGCAGGAUCGCCUACUGGCGCAACCACAUUCUGGUGACUGUGCUGGCGGCCAUCGGAGUUGCUCCCAAGGGCACGGUGGAUGUGCACGAGAUGCUGUUCAAAACCGCUGACUAUUUGACCCGGGGCGGCGAGUCCGGAAUCUUCACUCCGAUGCACAUGAUCCUCUGCCGGAAGCCGGAAACACCAAAAUCUUCUUAGUUUCCUUGUACCCUGUGACGGUAUCGCUGGUCCACUCCCCUUCCCAUUUUACCUUAGCCCCAUUUUGUUGUUUUUUUUCUUCUUCUUGUUACUCUGUUUUAAUUAUCCUUCUAAUCUAGGUUUUGUUUUCCUUCUAUUUUUAUUUUCUUUUGUUUACUUAACCUGCUAAUUUAUUAUUCUCUUGUAUUUUUAAUUUGGAAUGAUUUAAGUUUCGUGGUUGGAUUGGCAUCUUAAAUUUGCAUCUUGGUAGGGUUUGGUUUC